AUGGCGGAGCAGCUCCGCUACACGAGCAAGCCGCUCUACCUCCUCACGCGCGCGGACCAGCCCUUCACGGGCACGGAGAACCCCUUGCGCAUCGAGCGCCUCCCCCGGGCGAAUGAGAUCGAGGAGCACGAGGCGACGAACGGCGCCGCCGACGCGCCGGCGGCGCCCGCGCCCGCGGUGUCCGCCGGCGACGUCGCGGUCCUCGAGAAAGCGCAGCUCGCGGAGCUUCGAAGACAACACGAGGCGCUGUCCCAACCCUUGGUCGGGUCGCCCCCCGCGGCGCCGAAGCCGCCGAGCCACGGGCCGAGCUGGUACGCGUUCUGCCCCGACGACGAGGUCCUGGACCACGCGUCGUACCUCGCGCCGUUCAAGGCCAUCGGCAAGUGCCGCGAGUCGCGCGCACUCGAGCGCGAGGAGCGCAAGCGGCGCGUGGACCACGAGGAGUGGCGGCGGCGCAAGCAGGGCCGCUUCGGCCGCGAGCUCGUCGCGCGGCGCGACGACGUCAUGAAGGCGGGCCGCGCGCGGCGCGCCGAGGCCGCGCGGCGCGCGCGCGGCUGCAAGGCGAAGCUCGAGCUCGACACGCACCGCAUCGAGGUCGAGGAGUCGCGGACCGCGCGGCGGCGGCUCCAGGCGCUCCGCGCCAACGACAUGGCCGCCUACACGCAGCUCGUCGAGGAGACGAAGAACAAGCGGCUCAAGUACCUGCUCGAGCAGACGGACUCGUACAUCCGGAACAUCACGGACCAGGUGGGCCUGCUGCGGGACGCGGAGGUCGACGCGGAGGCGCGCAAGGCGGCGAAGGAGGCCAAGGAGUCCGGCGAGGCGGUCCGCGCGGCGACGCGGCCCGCGGAGAAGCCCCGGGACGAGUCGUACGCGCUCGACGCGGACGAGCAGCGGCGGAACGCGACGGCGGAGUACUACAAGACGACGCACGCGACGUCCGAGGAGGUGCGCCAGCCGAAGAUGCUCGUGGGGGGGCAGCUCAAGGAGUACCAGCUCGCGGGGCUCACGUGGAUGGUGAGCCUCUACAACAACCGGCUCAACGGCAUCCUCGCGGACGAGAUGGGCCUCGGCAAGACGAUCCAGUCCAUCGCGCUCUUGGCGCACCUGCUGGAGAAGGGCAACCCGGGCCCGUUCCUCGUCGUGGCGCCCCUGUCGACCCUGUCGAACUGGAGCCACGAGUUCGCCAAGUGGGCGCCGGGCAUGACCGUGCUCACGUACAAGGGCCCGCCGGCGGCGCGCAAGGAGGCGCAGCGCGAGCUCGCGGCGCUCGGCGAGGCGACGACCAAGGGCGGCCGGCGGCGCCGGCCCGCCCCGGGCGAGGGCCGCCAGGGCUCGCGCCAGCUCAACGUGCUGCUGACGACCUACGAGUACGUCAUGCGCGACCGCGCCGUGCUCCGGCGCGUCGAGUGGGAGUACAUCGUCGUCGACGAGGGCCACCGCAUGAAGAACGCGAACUCCAAGUUCGCGCAGACGCUCGGCAACCUCUACAGCGCGAAGCGGCGCCUGCUGCUGACGGGCACGCCGUUGCAGAACUCGCUGCCCGAGCUCUGGGCGCUGUUGAAUUUCCUCCUGCCGUCGAUCUUCUCGUCCGUCGACACGUUCGAGGGCUGGUUCAACAAGCCCUUCUCCCAGUUCUCCGGCGCGCCCCAGGCGAACGUCGACAAGGAGGAGUCCUGCGCCCUGGCCCACGAGGAGCGCAUGCUCGUCAUCCACCGCCUCCACGAGGUGCUCCGGCCCUUCGUGCUGCGGCGCGUCAAGUCCGCCGUGCUCGGCCAACUACCCGAAAAGGUCGAGAAGGUGCUGCGCUGCGACCUCACGGCCUGGCAGAAGGUCGUCUACGAGCAGAUCCGGUCGUCGGGCGCCGCCGCCGUCGAGGCCAACGGGUCCGCGGUCCAGGCCGCGGACGACGCGGCGUCGCCCGCCGCGGCCGACAAACCCGGCCGCGGCCGGCCGAAGAAGAAGCGCGACGACGCGGCGUCGCCGGGCGGCCGCGGGUCGCCGCCGCCCGUGGCCCGGGGCCUGAACAACGUGCUCAUGCAGCUGCGCAAGUGCUGCAACCACCCCUUCCUCUUCCGCACGGACGCGUGGCGCGUCGACGAGUCGCUCGUGCGGUCGUCGGGCAAGUUCCUGCUUUUGGACUCCAUGCUGCCCAAGCUCAAGGCCGCGGGCCACCGCGUGCUGCUCUUCAGCCAGAUGACGGCGCUGAUGGACCUGCUCGAGGACUUCUUCGCCCUGCGGGACUACGACUACCUGCGGCUCGACGGGUCGACGGCCGCGGACGAGCGCGAGCGCCGCAUGGCGCGGUUCAACGACCCGUCGAGCCCGGCCUUCGUCUUCCUGCUGUCGACGCGCGCGGGGGGGCUGGGCCUGAACCUGGCGUCGGCGGACACGGUCGUCAUCUUCGACAGCGACUGGAACCCCAUGAUGGACGCGCAGGCGCAGGACCGCGCGCACCGCAUCGGCCAGAAGAACGACGUCCGCGUCUUCCGGUUGAUCUCCACGUCGCCCGUCGAGGAGCGCAUCCUCCAGCGCGCGACGGACAAGCUCAACAUGAACAACCUGAUCGUCGAGGCGGGCAAGUUCAGUCGCGACUCCAAGGCCGACGAGCGCAAGGCCAUGGUCGAGGAGCUCCUCCGCGAGUACGACCCGUCCGGCGACCGCGGCGGCGACGGCGACGGCGACGACGACGGUGCCAAGGAGCACGACAGCCUCGCCGAGACCAUGGCCAUCGACGACGGCGAGUACGAGCUCUACGCCGCCGUCGACGCGCGCCGCGCCGCGGCCGGCGCGGCGCUGCCCGCGAUGCGCGACGACGAGGUGCCCCCGUGGGUCCGCGCGGGCGCGAACAGCGCCGCGGAGGGCGCCGCGCUGGACGAGGCCCGCGACGCCAGGGCCGCCAAGGCCGCCGAGGAGGAGGAGGCCGGCGGCCGCCGCGCGAAGAAGAAGCAGGACUACACGCAGAUCUCCGACCGCGCGUUCAUGAAGCUCAUCGGCGGGCCCGAGGAGAAGCCGCCGCUCUACAAGGCCAUCGGGCCGAACAAGGGCGAACUCAAGCUUCACAUGAUGCAUCGCAUCGUCGCGCUCAUCGUCGCGACGAGGCUCGCGCGCGUGCGCACCGUCACUUGGAGCCGCUCGGGCUGGAAGAACUGCAACAACUGGGUGUCCAAGGACCCGGAGCGCCGGUGCGCCAAGGAGUCGGACGACGGCAUCCCGGCGCAGCGCGUCUGCCCCCAGUGCCGCAACGAGACGCUGCCGCCGCGGCCGACGCCGCCGCCGCGGCCCCGGCCCACGCCGGCGCCCGUGGUGCCGCCGCCCGUCCUCUCCCCGGGCGCGCCGCCGCCGUGCGCGGUCGACGAGCGCGACCGCGGCUGCGCGUUCGAGUGGGUGCCGCUGGAGACGCGCGAGGAGUGGGACCUGUACUGGCCCAACGAGGACGACCGCUGCCACAUGCUCGCGCGGAACGAGUCGGAGCAGCGGCGCUGCGGCGCGCACCCGUCGGUCAUCCGGGGCUACGCCUGCAGCAUGGACGAGGCGGGGCUCUACUUCCCCUUCCGGCGGCGCCUGGGCCUGCGGACGCGGCCGAAGCGGCUGCCGGCGAACCGGAGCGUGCAGAGCGAGCUCGGCGCGCGGCUCGGCGACCGCGCGCUGCUCUACCUCGGCGACUCCGUGAGCAACGAGAUGAAGACGCUGCUCCUCGACCGGAACGAGGACCUCAAGCGCCUCGCCCCCGGCGGCGGCUUCCUGAACUUCCGGCGGACGGACGCGGACGCGCUCUUCGGCCAGGUCGCCUACGCGGCCGAGGCGGACCGCGACCUCGGCGCCUACGAGCGGAAGAUGGUCGAGUUCCUCGACGAGAGCUACCGCGACGUCGUCUACAUCUUCAACGUCGGCCUCCACGAGGAGUCGCAGCCCGAGCUCUACGCGCGGACGCUCCGCGGCCUCUUCCCCGUCGUCGACCGCCUCGGCGGCGCCGUCUACGCCAGGGGCGCGCGGCUCGUGCCCAUCUUCCUCGACUCGUCGAUCCAGCACUUCUACUCGGUCAACGGCGGCUACACGUCGCCGCGCCUCGCCUUCGAGCGCCUCGCGGACUACGAGGGCUGCGACCGCGGCCUCGACCGCGCGGUGCCCUCCCUCGCGCGGCCGGGCAACCGCAAGUUCUCCUACCGCUGCGCGCCGAGCCACAUGCGCGCCGAGUACGCCGGCUGCCAGACCUUCGGGGGCAGCCGCGUGAACAAGAUCGCGCGCGUCGAGUGGGAGCGGGGCAACUACACGAACAUCCGCUUCCUGCCCUUUGGCGCGGCGACGGACGCGCUCUGGGACGCGCACAUCGGCAUGUCGAAGCAGGACUGCACGCACUUCUGCUUCUUCCCGGCCCUCGCGGAACUGUGGUCCUACCUCGUCCUGAAGGCGCUCGACGCCGUCGACUCGGGCGACGCCGCGGCGGUCGCGACGGCCUCGUGGGCGACGAAGCCCGUCCAGACGCCCGCGAGGCCGCCGUCCUGGCACGCGCCGACCUCGAUGAGGUCCGAGAAGACCGCGCCCGCGGCGUCGACCGCGACCCACGAGCUCAGCGGCACGACCUCGAAGGCCGUGCACGCGAGGCCCGGCGCGCCGUCGGGCACGUGGAAGAAGUCGGGCCAGCAGACGCUCGCCGACGCCGACGCGGACCCGGACGCGCAGGGCGCCGCGUCGCAGCCGGACGCGGACGCGACGGCGUGCGCCGCGCCGCCCGGGUCCGCGACGGUGAUGAAGCUCACGACGAGGAGCAACGCGAGGCCGAAGACGAUGGGCCCGACGGACGAGGAGCGCGCCGCGUCCAAGGCCAAGUCCGAGAAGGACAAGGCUGGCUAUAAAUGCGCCAUCUGCCUGCAGACCUUCAUGAUCUCGACGAAGCCGUCCGGGCUCUUCCUGCACGUCAAGAGCAAGCACGACAAGGAGGUCGCGACGCCCGAGAAGUGCUUCCCGGCCCUCAAGGGCUUCGACCCGGCGAACCCGGACGGCAAAGCCGCCGCCGCGACCGGCGCCGCGCCCGUGAAGAAGAAGAAGGCCGCGAAGAAGGAGGACAACCUCGCGGACCUCCUCUCCGCGGGCCUCAACGUCGGCGGCAAGAAGAAGAAGUAGGGAGUCCGGUAAUUCGAUCUCGUGUGG